AUUAAUUUAAAAAAUGUAUCUUAAUUAUGAUCAUUUUGAGAAUUUUUUAACUACAAUACUGUAGAUGAGAACAAUAUUUUGACCGGGAACCGGCUGGGACACUUGUCCAGUUGAGUAUUCGUUUCCUUCCCUCUACUCUUUCUUCGCAUCUCAGAAUCUUUGUUGGCAUUUAUGCAUCGCACCCUUAAUCCCCAAAUCCCCCUUAUUUCCAAAUCGAAUCCAAUGUGGUUGAUGGUGCCGUAAUUUUUCAGACGAUCCGGCGGAGGACGAUGGUGAAGAGUUGGUGGCGCGUGCAAUUCGACAAUCACAGCAAGAUCGAAUCUGAUUUGAACCCGAAUAGUUCAGUCGUUAAUGGAACCGAAGAAAGUCGCUGUCUCAUCGGAGGCAGAUAAACAAAACCUAGAAGAGAAGGUUAAGGUUUUGCAGUGGGAAGAUUAUGAACAAGAGCUGGCUCGAAUCUGCAGUCUCACCGCUGCCCAAAAUGAAUCUAAGCUCAAGAAGGAAUUUCUUCAAGAAAAACUACAGUCAAUCUUACGGGUGGAAGCAGAAUCAUUGUGUUUUUCAAAUGAGCUUGACGAGAUGAGAGAAACAUUAGAGCAUAGGAAAUUAGUGAUGGGAAACAUGUCUAUGAAAUCAAAGGUCUUAAAAGAGAAAGUCAAGAAGGAAGAGGAACUACUCAGUAAUGAUAUCAGGUCUUUGUUGGUUGCUGGAACUGCUCUUUCUUUAGCUAAGAAGCAUCUGCAGGAUGCAAAUAGAUCACUUGCUGGGGAAAUGGGUUUUGGAAAUUUGAAGUCCAUGCAGAGGUGUGUGAGACUAAGAGAACAAUUUAUGGUAUCACAAGUCCAAUUGCUUUAUCCUGUGAAAGUAGCAACAGGACGCACACCAGAACUCGAGCUUGAACCAUUUAGCAAUAUUAUUAGAUCAGGAGGACAAAAACCUCUAGAUCAAGGAUCCUUGACAAUUGCAGGUCUGCAUCUUACCGUGGUCCCUUUUACGAAGAAGAGUUUUUUCACUGAUAAGAAGGAAGUUCAGAGGUCUGCAACUGCUCUGGGUUAUGUUGCACAUGCUGUGUCACUUAUUGCCUGCUAUCUACAAGCUCCUCUUCGCUAUCCCUUGCGGUUAGGAGGUUCCCGAUCAUACAUACGUGAUUAUGCACCUUCAAUUGAACCAUCAUCAUCAUUGUUGUCGUCAGAUGUGGCAUCACAAUCAUCACUCUCCACAAAUUUGAGGCAUGUGGAGUUUCCUCUUUUCUUAGAAGGGCAAGAUGCAACAAGAGCAGCAUAUGCUGUCUUCCUGCUAAAUAAGGAUCUGGAACAGCUUUUGAACUAUAUUGGAGCAAGAAGUUUAGGGCCACGCCAUGUACUCGCUAAUCUAAGGGAGCUAUUGAGAGUCAUUCUCUCUCCGGAGUAUAUAGAUACAUAAACUGUGAGGUUUGAUUGUAUUUGUGUGCUUUUUGUAAAUGUGAUAUUUAAUUUUGAGCAGGUGCCAUUUUUUUACAUAGGUGCACUUGUUGUAGCUCUAUUCUAAUUCGUACAUUGAAAAAAUACAAGUUGUAUACCUUU